AUGCUCGACAAAAACCUUAAUUAUGGCGAGCACAUACUCAGGGCAGCCGACAAGACGGCAAAAGUAGUAGCCUCGCUUGGCACACUCAUGGCAAACGUCAACGGGCCCCGACCGUGCAGGAGGCGACUACUGAUGCGUGCCGCCGAAACAGUGAUGCUGUACGGCGCUGAAGUCUGGGCCGAGACGCUGCAAAAGGAAAAAUAUCGCAAGCGCAUAGCCGCCGUACAGAGGAGGGGUGCUCUCCGAAUCGCGUGCUCCUACCGCACGGUCUCUGAGCCCGCGGUGCUAGUGGUCGCGGGGGUAAUCCCGAUCGAUCUACUAGCCCAGGAGAGACAAUUCGUCCACCAGCAAAGGUGUGUUCUGGGAAAGGAGGAGGCAUCAAGGCUCGCCAGGUCUAGCAGCAUCGAGGCCUGGCAAAGCAGAUGGGUACAGGAACCUGGGGGCAUGGCCUGUUCUGCUCCUACCUCGCAAAAAUGA